AAAAAAUGUCAAAAACUCUCGCAUCUUUUUCUACACAAUCAUAACCGUUCUUCUCUAUCCCUCCUCCACACAUUUCUCAGAGGUCCCCCACUGCCUUAAUCUCUCUCUACAGUAAUGGAACUCUUUUUUCUCCCUCAUUGUUAAAGCAAUUUCUUCCCCAUUGCUAAAGCAAAGUGAAGACCCGUAAAAUACUGAUAUUUGUGUCUUCAAAAGUUCAAAGUACUGUUUUUUUGGCCGCUUUUAUCCAGCCACUUUUAAAUUGUCCAGUGAUUUGCCUGGUGGGUUUUUCUUCUCUAUGCACCUUUACCUUGUUGUUUUUUAGCAUCUGGAUCUUUCUGGGGGGUUGAAUCCUCUCUUGGUAGGGCUGCCCUAGAAAGAAACGGGUCUUUGCCCGAGAUCUGUGUGCUUUCAUUGUCUACUUUGCAUUUCUCAAUUAUCUUUGCUCUUAUCUCAUGCUUUGUGCUGUGUAAUGGCUUCGUGUUGUAGCAAAGCUACAUUUUUGUAUAUCAGUUAAUAGUUUAUAUUUUUUUUUGCGAACUUGUUUUUGCCUCCCGUGAUUCAAGGUUCUCAAAUCCUGAAACAAAGAUUGAGAUUUUAAGAUAGGCUUCAGCUGUAGAUGAAUUUAAACUUGGCAGCUUAAUGAUGUGUUUCGAGGUGAGUGAGGUUAAGGUUUUGCAUCUGGUUCAAGGGUUCACAAAUAUCUAAAAAUAGCAGUUUGGAGAAUUUGUGCUCCAAAGAGUUUCACGGGGUUCAAAAAGCUUCCAUGCUGCUUAAUGCAGUCAAUAUGAAGUCAAACCACAUUCAACAAAAGGAAGAUGCAGAUUCUCUUGUUGAUACACUUGAAUCAAGCUUGUCCUUGGGUAUUUCAAAGCACACACCUUCAGCAGGUUUAAGUUAUAAUAAUCGCGACGACACUUUCAAAGAAAGCUUAGCCUCAAGAAAGGCUAGUGAAAGUGGUAAAAUGAGUGAGCAUGCAGAGUUUAUGGAGAGUGGGAAGAGUAGCAUGUAUAGGGGAAGCACAAGCACUGAUGUGAGUGAUGAAAGCAGUUGUAGUAGCUUGAGCAGCAGUGUUAAUAAGCCGCACAAAGCAAACGACUCGAGAUGGGAGGCUAUCCAAGCUGUCCGGGCCAGAGACGGCCUUCUGGAUUUGAGGCAUUUCCGGUUGCUGAAAAAGUUGGGAAGUGGUGAUAUUGGGAGUGUGCAUCUUUCGGAGCUGUGUGGUACAAAGUGUUACUUUGCCAUGAAAGUUAUGGACAAAGCAUCGCUGGCAAACCGAAAAAAACUAGUUCGUUCCCAGACAGAAAGGGAGAUACUGCAAUCUCUGGACCAUCCGUUCCUCCCAAGCUUAUACACUCAUUUUGAGACAGAGAGGUUUUCAUGUCUUGUGAUGGAGUUCUGUCCAGGAGGUGACCUGCACAUGCUUCGGCAGAGGCAACCAGGAAAGCAUUUUUCUGAGCAAGCAGUGAAGUUCUAUGUGGCAGAAGUUCUUCUCGCUUUGGAGUAUCUCCACAUGCUUGGCAUUGUGUACCGUGACCUCAAGCCUGAAAAUGUCCUAGUCAGGGAGGAUGGACACAUUAUGCUCUCUGACUUUGACCUCUCCCUUCGGUGCACUGUCAGUCCAACAUUAGUCAAGUCUUCGUCUGUUGACACGGACCCCCUCAGGAAAAACUCUGCUUAUUGUGCCCAACCUGCAUGCAUCGAGCCCUCCUCCUGUAUCCAACCAUCCUGUAUGGUCCCCACAACGUGUUUCGGCCCGCGCCUUUUCUCUAGCAGCAAGUCAAAGUCAAAGAAAGAGCGGAAGCCCAAAAAUGAAGUUGGCAACCAAGUCACUCCCUUACCAGAGCUCAUUGCUGAGCCAACGGGGGCACGUUCCAUGUCAUUUGUUGGAACCCAUGAGUACCUAGCACCUGAAAUCAUAAAAGGUGAAGGGCACGGCAGUGCUGUGGAUUGGUGGACUUUUGGGAUCUUUCUGUAUGAGUUGUUGUUCGGUAAGACGCCUUUCAGGGGUUCGGACAAUCGGGCCACCCUUUUCAAUGUUGUCGGACAGCCUCUGCGGUUCCCAGAAUCUCCUGUUGUCAGUUUUUCUGCUAGAGAUCUUAUCAGGGGCUUACUUGUAAAAGAACCACAGAAUCGUCUGGCUUACAAAAGAGGAGCCACAGAGAUUAAGCAGCAUCCGUUUUUCGAAGGCGUGAAUUGGGCUUUGAUCCGUUGUGCUAGCCCGCCAGAGGUCCCUCCGCCGGUCAAUUUUGAGAGGCUUGAAGCUCCACCACCACCACCGCCAUCAUCUAAUCCCAAGAAAGGUGCUGGAGGAGGAGCUCCGCCCCAGAAUCAAUCUUCAGAUAACUAUCUCGAGUUUGAUUUCUUCUAAAGCAGACCUGCAUCAUGUUUUCACUCAACGAAAACAUACACAAAGCCCUUGUCUAAAAUGAUGGUAGUUGAUGAUCAAUAUUGUCUUGGUCAUGUUAUUGUUAAACAUUCUUCAAUUUUGUUGUAUGGCAAAUAUUCUCAACUGUUAAUGGUGUCGGUCACAAGUGUGAAGUUGGAUAGCGUUUGAACUAUGUGCAAUAAGUACAGGAAGCGAACAUUCAAUUUGUUUUAUACACAGCAGCAUUAGCAGUGGUAGCAGUUUCCUCUUGCUGCCACCUCCGUUUAGGGGUGGGCUGGUCCGAUUCUGGUCCCAGAUUGGCCCGUCCUGCCAUUUACAAAUAGGAGCCUGGGGUUGGGACCUAUAAUUCUGGUUCUGGGCCGGUUUUGUCCGGUCCUGGAUUCAUGUUUUUAACCUCAUCCCCUGCCCAGCUCUUUUCAGCUUUUCAAUGGACCUUUCAGCUGCAUAAGGAAUCAAAUGGCUAGUUCUGGCCUGAACUGUUCCGGAACAGGAAUCAUGAUCACACCUACCUCCGUUGCUGUCCUAGGCUCCUAGCAUCAGUUUUCAAACACUCACAUUGGUUAUUUAACUCUCUUUCUCCAGCUGAUAUUUUCAAAUAAAAAUUAUAUUAUGGUUUUCUAACAAAAAGAGAAGUGGGAUUAAUACCAUACUUUACAAAACCUUCUGAUCAUGAUUUUUCAAUGAUGUUAAAGGGGAGUGUCAAUUACAGCAAUCUCAUUUGCAUCAAUGACAUUAUUUUAUCUACCCCAUUUAAAACAAUUUUAUCUGAAGUAUUGGAGAUGCAAUGAGUCUGACCCAUACUUGCUCAAUGUAUUUUUAGGACUACUAAUAUUGGCAUUGUUAGGGGAAUGAUAUAUAAGAUGAAUAUGUAUCAAUGUGGCGGAAUUGAGGGCAUUUUACAUGUAUAGUUUUUGUUUUAUUUGUUGGCAUCCGAUGAUUGAAAAUUAAACAGUCGUGAUGCUUUAAACUUUCUUACAUCUGAAUGCAAAUUUAUAAUCACUUCAAUCC